CUCUCUACUAGCCAGCAAGUGGGACGGAAAAUGAGUCACAUCCUGCCCAGGGCUAGGGCUGACACGCUGUGCAGCUCCAUCAACAAGAAGCUCGCUUAGAUUCAUUGAAACGCCUCAGAUACUUUUAACAAGCUGAAGGAUCAGAAAAGAGCCGACGGAAGGCAAAAAGACAAGAAGUGAGCUGACAGGAUAAACGGAAACGCAUUCAAGAGACCAAGAGGGAUCAAAAACUUUCUGUUCCUGCUGACUUACGUUAAAAAUGAACGUUGGAGAAGAAGAUCUUUUCCAUGGCUCUGAUAAGAGAAUGAACGAGCUGAAAUCGAUAGGCAGUGACACGUUGAUUGAUCUGACCCAGAGGUACGGCCAGGCAGCUUUCACCUUUGGCGCUGGCCAUGGUGCUGCAAGUCCGGGGCGUUAUGCGCGACCGGGUGAAACUGACUUCCUUUCGAGCGCGACUGCAAAGUCCGCGGAGAGUGGAGGAGAACAGACCAGUGACGACGACGACAGUUUCGAUCAUUUGGAUGAAAGGAAAAGGGGAUCUGCGUUCGAUGAGGAUAAACACACCGGAUCCCUCACCAAAAAACCGAAGGAACAAAGAUCGUUGCGGCUGAGCAUCAAUGCACGAGAGCGGAGGAGAAUGCACGAUCUCAACGACGCGUUGGACGGGCUUAGAUCUGUCAUACCGUAUGCGCACAGCCCCUCAGUAAGAAAACUCUCGAAAAUUGCAACUUUGUUGUUAGCCAAGAACUACAUUUUAAUGCAAGCACAAGCGCUGGAAGAAAUGAGGAGGCUGGUCGCAUAUUUGAACCAGGGUCAGACAUUAACAUCUCCCAUUCCAACGGCUUUGGCACCAUUUGGACAAGCAGCUGUUUAUCCUUUCACCGGGACUGCUUUGGCUACCUGUGCAGAAAAGUGUACUUCCUACACCGGGGCACCCUCCAACCUCUUUAAGCACUGCAACGAUAAACCUUGAUGUCGCUAAUCUGCUCACUCAUUCAUUCACGCGCCCAUCUGUCAGUCCUUUUACUUAUACUAAGACAUUAUCAUAAUACAUAAUCCUAUACCAUAUUUAAAGGACAUCUUUCAUCCAGAAAAAAAAUAAAUUAAAGACAUGUGCAUUCAAAAACGCUGUUAACCUUAAAACUUGUGUUUCUUUUCUAAUUACUUCCUAUAUAUUUUUUUUUUUGCAUUUUCCUUCAACAACAUCAACUGAGACUGAAAAUCCGAGCAACUAGUAAACAGAAUUUGUCAUUGCCUGCUAAUUGUACUUUAGGUGCAGAACCUCACUGCAAGGAAACUAAGCGUUUGCAAUGUAAAGACGUGUUUCGUUUCACAAAUGACAAACUAUGUAUCAACACAAUUCAAGUUGAGCAACUAUGCAACAUCACUCCACCGCAAAAAAAGUCAGCUGUGAAUAUUUUACUUACUGUAAGUUGUGUUUGUUAAUUUGACGGGAUUCUUGGUACUGAAUGAAAUCAUCACCAAAUAUGAGACAGAUAUCCGUGUGAAUUUACACAAAUAUAUGUACUGAAAAUGUUGAUAUUUGAAAUUGCACAAUUCAAUUGAUUGUACUGCAUAUAUGUGCGAUAUUACUCUGGCUCCAGUCUUCGGGUUAUAAGGUGUGACUCGAAGCGUUUGAAAAGUACAGACAUUUGAAUUUCAUAUUAUAUUGUUUAUAUGUGUUUAUAAUAAAAAUGCAUCAGUAUUUCCUGAAAAGUUUUUCUCAUAUUUGAAAGUUCUUUUUAUCUCGAUUUUUUUUUGUCUAACUUUUUUUUCUUCCCCUAAACUCUAUUCCUUUCUCAUUAUGUGUCUCUGUUGUACAUACUUAUCUCUUUCAGUGUCUAUUGGGUUUUAACAGAUCUUUAUGAAAAAACAAAAUGUGUAAUUUCCUGCAGAUUUUAUCGCGACAAUCCUGCUUGCAAACAACAUAGCAGUUGUAAUAACUUAAAACAUUAAGCAAUCAAAAUGAAAUGACAUAAAGCAAGAAAUAAAACUUUUUUUUUAACUAUGA